AUGAGUAAGAGUAUUUAUAACUAUAUAUAUUUAUUUCCUCAGUGUGAGAGUACUAAGAAAAACAUUACAAAUGAAGAAGAACAAGGGUCUCAUAAAUAUUGUGAAAACCACAGUAGUAUAUCAGAAGAUAUAAGAUCCGAAUUUAAUAGUAUAUGCAAAAAUGUUUUGUCAUAUUUUAAUAAGAUGGAAGCAUUAAAACAUACGGAUCAACAUGUUAUGGAUGGAACCUGUGUAUACUUACAUUAUUGGUUAUAUUAUGAUCACCUUAAGACAAACCAUAAUCAAAAUAUGAAUGCCAAAAAGCUAUGUGAUGCAUUGAUAAAACUAAAUAAUGAAAAAGUAGACCCAAUAUGCCAGAAUUAUAAGGAUUUUGAUAUAACAGAAGAUAUGUUAAAAAAAAUGAAAGAUCUAUAUGACAUUAAUACUAAUGUUAAUGCUUUAAAGACCAGUUGUACCAAAAAUGAAACAUGUGAGAUUGCUAAUACAAUUGUUUCAAAAUAUAAGAGAUACAUGUAUGAAUGCGAAUCUCACGGUGAUGUGAAUUUUUGUAAAAUAUUAGAAGACUAUAAGAAUGAAUAUAAUUCAAAAAUAAUGCACCUUAAUGAUGGUACUGCUACGUAUGAAAUAUUAUAUUCAUUCCAAAGAAAUAAUAUUCCUCAUACUAUUAUAUCAGUAAUGGGUGGAACACUAUUUUGGCUCCUAUUUUUAUUUAUUCUAUAUAAGUUUAGGGGAGAUGUUUCAUACUUGCGUACUGUAAUAAGGAGAAUGAGAAAUGCACGUAAUAAUAUGGAUGAAGAAUGGAAAAUUUUAACAUGUUCUGACCUAUCCCACAGAAUUACAAGAAAUAGAACACAUAAUAUAUCAUAUCAUUCUGAGUAA